AUUCUCCAUGCUUUAUCAAAAUUCAGUAAAAAAAAAAAAAUGCUUGAGUGCACGAAAUAAUGGAAGCAGAUGUGUUGUGACAUACUGACUUGUGAGCCACUAAAAAAAAAAAAAAAAAAAAAAAAAAAAAGCUUAGAAGUAAAGGAACAUGGAAUUCCCCUCCAUGAUCACACACAGCUCAGCUUGCGUUGAACCUGUUUACUUUCAGUCUCAGUCCACUCAUAAUCUGAAAAAGAUGCGAUUUUUAAAUCAUUUCUUGUCUGGGUAGAGGUAUGAAUAUUUGAAGGUUUUGAUUUACUUAAUUAGUUGUUUAUAUAGAUUUCCAGGCACCCUCUGGGAAUGUUGUUGAUGAAUCAUUGAAUCUGGGGAGAAGGAAUUGAAGAAGAAGAAGAAGAUUUGUUGAGUGAGAAGUAGUGAUUUUAGUGGUAGAAUGGGUGCUGAUGUAUGCUCAGAAAUGUCGCCGGAGGAAAAGGCGCCGAUCCCGAUACCUUCUUCUUCUGAUUCCGAUCUCGGGGACGACGGCGCCGGCGCCGGAAACCACUACUACGCGCGGCCGUGCCCGGAUCAGGUCCUGGAGAAUGUGCUGGAGAACGUGCUGUGCUUUCUCACCGACCGGCGCGACCGCAACGCGGCGGCGCUGGUGUGCAAGGCGUGGUACCGGGUGGAGGCGAUGACGAGAUCGGAGGUGUUCAUCGGGAACUGCUACGCCGUGUCGCCGCAGCGGGUUUCGCGGCGGUUCGGGCGGGUGAAAUCGGUGAGCAUAAAGGGUAAGCCCCGGUUUGCCGAUUUCAGCUUGCUCCCGCCGGACUGGGGCGCCUACUUCUCCCGCUGGGUCGCCGCCAUGGCCGAGGCUUAUUGUGCGCUGGAGAAGGUGUACCUUAAACGCAUGUUUGUUACGGACGAUGAUCUUGUCGUGCUGUCUCGCUCUUUCCCCAACUUCAAGGAGCUGAUUCUCGUCUGCUGCGAAGGAUUUGGUACCAGUGGACUCUCCGUCGUUGCUAGUCAGUGCAGGCAAAUAAAGGUGCUUGAUCUACUGGAGUGUGAGGUUGUGGAUAAUGAAGUGGAUUGGUUUUCAUCUUUCCCAGAGGACAAAACUUGCCUCGAGUCUUUGAUCUUCGACUGUGUUGAUUGCGAGGUGAAUUUCGAGGCGUUGGAGCAGCUAGUAGCGAGGUCGCCAUCCUUGAAGAAACUUGGACUGAAUCGCUUUGUUUCGCCCGAGCAGCUCUAUCGACUUAUUGUUCGAGCUCCACAGCUUACCCAUCUGGGCACGGGGGCGUAUGGACCCUUUGAAAUUCUUGCUACGGUUGAACAUGAACCCGACUAUGCUUCCGCUUUCGCUGCCUGCAAAUCAUUAGUGUCCCUCUCGGGAUUCAGGGACUUUUUCCCGGAUCAUCUUCGUGCAAUAUACCCGAUUUGUGCCAACCUCACCUCUCUUAAUUUCAGCUAUGCGAGCAUCUAUUACGAGCAAGUCAUAGAGAUCAUUUCUCACUGCCACAAACUCCAGGUUUUCUGGGUACUUGAUUCGGUUUGUGACGAGGGACUAAAGGCUGUAGCUGCAACGUGUAGAGAUCUUCGAGAGCUUCGGGUUUUCCCUGUUGAUCCUCAAGAAGCUGCAGAUGGCCCCGUUUCUGAGGUAGGUCUGCUAGCAAUUGCUGAGGGUUGUCGGAAACUUCAAUCCAUAUUGUAUUUCUGCCAGAAAAUGACUAAUGCUGCUGUCGUAGCGAUGUCGAAGAACUGCCCCGAUCUUAUGGUAUUCCGCCUCUGUAUUAUGGGGCGACACAGGCCCGACUACCUGACAGGUAAACCGAUGGAUGAAGGGUUCGGGGCUAUUGUUAAGAACUGUAAGAGCCUUACACGCCUCGCUUUAUCUGGCCUAUUGACCGACCAGGCUUUCGGUUAUAUUGGACAAUACGGGAAAUCGUUGCGCACUUUGUCAGUUGCGUUUGCUGGAGGCAGUGACACGGGGCUAAAGCACGUGCUCGAUGGCUGCCCCAAGCUGCAGAAGCUCGAAGUCAGGGACAGUCCGUUCGGGGAUUUGGCUUUGCGUGCUGGUUUGCACCGUUUUUACAACAUGAGGUUUCUCUGGAUGUCGUCUUGCAAGGCAAGUCGGGAAUGUUGUGAGAAGAUUGCUCGGGAAUUGCCACGCCUAGUGGUGGAAGUGAUAGAUAGGGACGAGGAAGGGAUGGAUAGGAACAACGAGGUUGAUACUUUAUACAUGUACCGGUCCCUCGAUGGGCCAAGAACCGAUGCACCCAAGUUUGUGCAUAUCUUGUGAUGUUAGAAGAGACCGAGUUUUGCCCCGAAUAUGUUCCUGGAGAGUUGGCUUUCAGCAAACCGCGCAUUCAAGUAAGGGACGGGAUGGUUUUAAGGUUUACUCGUCGUGAUUGUUAUUCUUCCUCUCUGCCAAACAUAAACGAGGCCAGCUAGCUAGCUUACAGAUUUUGCUGCAACCCCAUCGUGAUUCUUCUUCUUCUUUCCCGCUGUUUAUUUCGAAUAAAGAAACCAUCGACAUUCAAAGUGAACCGAGAUGUUUGCCCCUCGCGAUAUUCUCUUGAAGUGUGUGUCCUGGAGAAUUCGAGAUUCAGAAGCAAAAAGCUCAGAACAAUCUUUUUGCUUAUAUUAGUUGAAUUGAGCUUCUCUGCUCAUCUUUUAUGCAUUUUUAGCUGAGAAUUUGAACUGUUAGUAGGCAAUAUUUACUGCCAGGACAAUACUUGUUUUAAUCAGCUGAUAUCUCCUUCUGUACU